ACUAGGCUUCUGCGUGGUCACGUGCGUUCCAGAGCCGGUUUCGCAGUUCCAAGCGGUAACCAAGUUUUUUCGCGCCGUUCGAAUCACCUCAGUACAUUCACAAGUGAGCUGCUUACCUGGUCACCGCCUUUGACUCGUCUGGAUAGCCCCUGAAACAGUCGCCUACACAGCUUUCUGUUUACAAAUAUGUGACUAUGAGUGUUCAUAUGUGACCUCGUGCUGCGAUCUAUAGUGCCUUUGGGACCAUGCUUUCGUCGUUUACUUAGUUUUAACAUCAUAUUAUCAGCAAGCUCAUGAGGAGAGAGGAAUAUGAGAGGACAUAUGGCCGUCGAAGCCACGUGCCCCCUCCCAUGCCUUCUCCUCCUGAGGACCCCCGCAGCAGACGAUCCAGGACAAAGAUGAAAUGUCUGAUUUCCAUUGGGCUCAUCCUUCCAGCUCUAGCUGCAGUAAUAGGUGUUGCCGCCUGGGCUGUGAGUGCAGACGUGGUGAUGAACUCUGGCAACAACAGAAUCAGCAAAACUGAUAAUAGCUUGUUACAGAGUUUUUCAGUAGAUAAUGAUAACCGGAGAGAUAUAUUCAGAGCAAGAGAGGAAAAUGAAAGAUCUCGACCUCAACAUAGACCACUGCCCGAAACAUCACCGCCCGUUCGAACAUCAACUACUAUCAAGACUAGCAGCACUACAACAACUGCUGCUCCUCUGACUUUGUCCCCAAAAGAAGCUACCGACGUUAAUGCAAUAUUGUCGAAAUUAAUAUCUGCUUCGGGAGCUGCUUCAGGGGGAAGUGGACCACGUUUCGUUGUCGUUGCACCUCUACCAGACAAUGCCGAUGUUCUUCAAGGCCAAGGCUCGCCUUCCUCAGGUAUCGCUAGAGUCGAUCACACUGGUAAAAUCCAUUCAACAGAUAAUAACUGGAGUGUAUCUGGUAAAACUUUGCAUGAAUCAGAUCUAGUUGCCUCAGGAUCAUCACAAAACUAUCAGAAAGUGCCUUCUCCUAUCCAUCGUUCAACAAACAAUGCCAAUGUUACAGACAGGAUAGGCUUCACUAAUGGUGAGUCUUCUGCAACACGUAGAAUCGGAGAUAAAACAUUUGUGAUCAAUACAAAUGGUAACAAUCAUCGCGGUGGAGGUUUUAACAGCCCUCCUUUAGAACUGACAGGAUUUGAGCCUUUUGAUUCAAUGAUGCAGUUGGAUUCUCUCACCGGCAGUGCAUCAUCUUCGAAAGUUCUUCAUAAUCCACCACGGAAUUUCAAUUUACAGCAUAAGCGGGGACCACCACAAGGCAUUUAUGGUACACGUAAUCAUCUUAAACCUCUUCAAGACCAACAUAUUUUCACUCCUCAUGGAUUAAAAGCCAAUCCACCGCCUGGAAUGAUCGCAUCUCACCAGCCUGGAAUAGGUCUCAAGCCAAUUCAGCAGCAACUUCAUCAUAUGGACAAUGCUGGACCUCCAUUACGGCCAGAAGAAUCUAAUAGGUGGGGAACAUUAAGUUUUCCUCCAAGCCCACCUUACGUUCAUAAACCACCAGAAGGCAUAUCUCUGAGUAUCAGUUCACCCUCAAACAGUGGAACGCACGUGUCGUCUGAGCCUGUGAAUGUUAUCAAGAGCUUUUUUCUACCAUUCUUGCCAAAGCCAAGGCUUAACAUGAAUGCAAGAGUAGUUUUUGGUGUAGUACUAGAUAAAGGAGUAGGUGUAGGAGGUAAAAAAGAUGCUGGGCAUCAUCCAUUCCACUGAAAAAGUUUCAUAAAUUCCAGAAGAAAAUUCUGCUUUGUAAUUUAUGAAUAUGAAAUGAUCUUGAAUGUGAAAUUUAAAUGAAUAUCGCUGAGAAAUAUUUUUGAGCAUUUACUUUAGAUAUAGAAUUAUAUUUACAUAAUAGUGCAUUUAGUAGACAUUUGAUAUGAAAAUUUGUCGAAAAGGGAUUACUUGAUUAUUUAAGCUACAUCUAAAUGUUCUAUAAUCAGCGUUUCUCAAACAUUUUUUCUCCACUUUUAUAAAUUAGAAUGUUCAGCGGACCACUUAACUCUUGUCUCUUUCGAAAACAAUUUUUUUAGGUUAUGUUACUACCAGCAUACUUCUAUUUUUUAAGUAAAAUUAAUUAAAAUUCAUUUAAUUUUAUAUCAGUAUUAAGUAAUUAAGUUAAUAGAAAAAUUCGUAUUCGUUUUUACUAAUUCAAGAUAUAUUUAUUUUAUUAACUAAAAACUAAAUAAAUGUUGGUACUCAUAUUAGUGAGAUGGAUGGGUCUGCCUUAGUGUUCUAUCUUUAUUUGUAUGACUGUAAGCUUUUAGUCAGAUCGGCACAUACAUCAAGUCAAUUUCGGUACUUUCUUUUUACUUGAGUUGGUGAUGAAAACAAUUUUUUUACGCAAAUACAUAGAAAAAAGCUGAAUUAAAAUUGUUAAACACUAUUGCACAGUUCGUUCAGAGCCGUAAGUACGGUUUUCAGCGCCCGAGGCAAUUGAAGAUUUCGCGCCCACCUCCUAUUUACCAAGAAUGGAAAACAUUUCAUUCUAAAAUUUCUUAGCAUCAAUUUGGCGUCCCCUGGAUGCUGCGCUCGGGGACAAAUGUCUCUUUUUGCUCCUCCCUAGCUACGCCUCUGAGUUCGUUAUGCACCGUUUUCUAUACUUAACAUAUCAACGCAACAGAGUUGGAGAUUUUUUACAGAUGAAAAUGUAAAAGCUAGUUAUCGGGUGCAAGUUGGUAGUUUUCACGCCUUUUCUUAGAUUCCCAAACUAUCGAUAUUUAUCUGAAGUCGAUAAACAUUAUCAGCAUAUGAAAAGAAAACGUGCUUUAGCAAUUUAAAAUACAAAUUUGAAUUAUUGAAUAAGGAUUGUAUGAUGCAUUAAAAAAUAAAACAAUGAUAUUCAUUUUCAAAUUUUUUUAUAUUUUUUUUUUUUUUUUUUUUUUUUUUUUUUUUGCGUUGUUCUUCUCUGGAAGAACACAACGAUUUGUUUUCGCUUUAAAAGCAUCAGAGAAUUGCGGAAAAUCGGCUUCGUGCAGUCCUCAGCAACAACAGUUAUCUAAGAAACCCAUUUCCUCGUUGUUCCCUUCAGCACAUUUUCUAUAUUCCUGCAAAAAUUUUACACACAUACACACACACACACACACACACACACACACAUAUAUAUAUAACGAAUAUUCACGAAAAUGACGGUGUUGUUUGAUUGAAACGAUUGUUAUGAGCUUGGUUUUCGGGAGAAUGGUUAUACGCAUGGUUAUCAGAGUUCGGCAUAUUCUGAAAAAUCUAACUUUUACUAAUGUGGUACUUUGAUAUAUAAGUAACCGUUUUUAUUGGCAAUGCGUCUAGUAGCGCCGGAUGUUGGAAAAAAGAUGGCGAGAAGCACCACAAUCAUAGUAUCUUAAAACACUAUUUUGUUGCAAAGACUAGAAUUAGAAGUCGUACUUACGUAGAGUAAUCGGUAAUAAAUUUCAGAAAAUGUCAGUCUUGUUAGGGUAAGUAAGAAGCCAUUGCUAUGUGCAAUCUCCUAACUGCGAGAUUUUCAACUGUAGAGCGAUAUACACUGUUAAUUUAAAUUUUACUUUUUGUCUUUUUUGGAAAUCUGGAAGGCCCACAAGGGUAAGCUUUGAAGAUCAGUUGUGGUUCGCGGACCACAGUUUGAGAAACGCUGCCCUAAAUAAACAUGAAAUAAAGAGUCAAAUAAACAUAAAACGAUAAUCUGUAAGUUAUAUUAUAUUUGAAAUAAUUCAUAAGAAACGAGUAGUGAAUGUAGAAAUGUUGGUGUCAAAAUAUACAUUAUUCUCAAUCCUUAUUUAUUUGCAUGAGAAUUUAUUUAAUGCCAGAUUUUUGAACAAAAUUUUCGCAUAAUAAAUGCGGCCAAUAACAAUAUUCUUGGUUUGUUAUAAGCUGAAAUAAAAUUCCAUCGGAGUGAAACACAGACAGUCCCAAAAGCUGUGAACAUAAACAAACCAUAAUUGAUUAAGUUAGAAGCUAAAUGAAUCACUCUAAAUGAAACAGUGAUCUAACUAGGUUUAUUAGCCUUUAUUGACUAUUCUAAUUAAAUAUUAUUCCGUUUAUGUAUGUUAUCUCUUGCGUAAUUUGAUUGAAAAUUUGUCAGAUUGCACAAUUACCAUCCAUCUACUGUAUUUUUCUAUUAAAUUGACUCUCGGUUCCAAUCAAAGCAAAUGGAAUUUUAUUUCGCCACUUUAAAAAUCAAUGUGUAGUUAUUAAUCUUUUGCCAAAUUAGUAGAGGAAUAUCUAGUUUUUUUUUUUUUUUUGUUUUGUUAAAUAUUUUGUAAAUAUACUUUUGUUUAAUAAUGUCUUUUCUCCUUAGCGUACUUAUUUAAAAAAAAAUGGUGAAACUGAGAUUUUUGGUAAGAAAAUAUAAACUAAGUUUUUUUAGUUUGAUUUGUCCUAGUUAAUGUUAUUUUAAAAAAUCAAUUUGUUUUCCUGUUUAAAGAAUCGUUAGAUUUAUUUUUUACGUCCCCACUCUUGGUUUCUUUUUACAUUCAGGCAAAUGACUGACAAAAAUGACAUUAUUGUCUCUUAAAUAUCAAGAGAUAUGAGAAUAUUUUGUUAUUAAUACUAACUUACUCAACUGCAUUUUAAUAAUUUAGUAUUAAAAGUGUUUUUUCUAGUGAUAUCAUAGCAUGUUCCUGUUUUAAGAGCGAAUCAGUCCAUCUGCUUGGCAUUCUUUUAAUUGCUUUCUUAGAUUGUUCCCGUUCACUUUAAUUUCGUGCAGGACACGAAACUGAAAGCAAAA